AUGAGACCAACAGAUCAGCAUUGUUCAGAGGCCGUGGGCCCACCCGUGUCAGGGUUAUCGGUGGUCUCGAGACAAACCCAUAGCUCAAGAAUCAAGAUUUGGAAGAAGCACGAGUUCUCCGUGGACAUGACCUGUGAAGGCUGUUCUAAUGCGGUCAGCCGGGUGCUCAACAAGCUGGGAGGAGUUGAGUUUGACAUUGACCUGCCCAACAAGAAGGUUUGCAUCAACUCUGAGCACAGCGUGGACCUUCUGCUGGAGACCCUGGAGAAAACAGGAAAGGCUGUUUCCUACCUUGGCCCCAAGUAGCAAGGGCCUAGACCCCUGGGCCCAGGAUGGACCAAAGGGAGCAGGACGCUGAUCUUCUCCGGCCUCCAGACACACCCGAGGCCGGGCAGUCCUGCUCAGCGAUGGCAGUUCUUGCGGAGACCCUCACGUGCCCUCCUCCUCCCUAGCUUCCCUGCAAUAAAGUCGAGCCACUUUUGUUGGA